UUUCCCGCGCCAUUCAUAACAAAGCGACGCGAACGGUCACAACAAGAUGGCGGCGAGCUCGAAAUGGCGGCUGGUUUCCAUCUGCGUCAUCGCGCUGACGUUACAGGUCGAUCGCGUCAAAUCCUCGGCGGAGAUCAUGAAGAAAAUGACAUUGGGAUUUUCUAAAGCACUGGAGCAGUGCAAACAAGAGAUGAAAUUCGGCGACCACAUAAUGCAGGACUUCUACAACUUCUGGAAGGAGGAUUACGAGCUGCUGAACGCCGACGUCGGCUGCGCCAUCAUGUGCAUGGCCAGCAAGUUCGACCUCAUCAACGAGGAGAACCGGCUGCAUCAUAUCAACGCGCACGAGUUCGCCAAGAGCCACGGCGCUGACGACGACAUGGCGAAGCAGCUGGUGACGAUGAUCCACGACUGCGAGAACGUUCAUGCCGACAUUGCUGACGACUGCAAGAAGACGCUGGAGAUAGCCAAGUGUUUCCGCACCAAGAUCCACGGACUGAAGUGGGCGCCCACCAUGGAGGUGGUACUGGAAGAGGUGAUGACAGAAGUGUAGGGACAGGAGGAGAUGUGAAAAGUAGAGUGGGAAGAGUUGUAGAAGAGAGUCAAUAGUGAGAACUAUAGAUGAAAGAAAAGAAGGAACUGAAAUUUUGAGAUUUUGAAAUUGAAUUGAAACAAAAUAAACUUUUAAGACGCUACAGAUACAGAUGCAUUCUAAUACAGUAACAUGACUUCGACUAGCUUCGCCUUUAGUAGCGAUGCACCGCGCGGCGACGCUGUUCGUUAGAUAAUAGUUACAUAUCAGCGGAUUACUUUACAAGUCAAUGCGUUUCGCGAACUUACCGACCGGUGUCGUGCGAAUAGCCUAAAUCUUAUUACUUUAAUUUAAUUUAACCUGACUUAUUUAUAGAGUCAACUGGAUGACAAUCAACUAUUUAUUCGUUUACACAAUACAUAAUAUUUUAAUGUCAAAACAUGUUUCUAGGUGUGUAAUUUAAGUAAUUUGAUAUUGCUACAUCUUUUUCAAUGAAUCAUUAUAAAAAAAAAAUAUUAUUUAUGACGUCUACAGGUAAUAAACAUAAUAUGUAAAACACACCACGACUUCUAAGAUAAAAAAUGUGUUUCUUUCAUAGAAAUAUGUUACUGUGACUUUAUGUAAAUUGGGUUUUAAUUUUAAUGUAGAUGUAGGUAUCACAAGUAAUAAAUGUUAAAGAGUG